ACUGUCGAAGCGCACAGCACAGCUUGCAGAGAGAGAGAGAGAGACGCCAUCUGGAAAAUGCGCCGUGCGGAUCCAACAGCAACGCUUCUCGCUGAUAGAGGUGAGUGGAACAUUAGUGAAGCUCAGCUGCUUGUUGCACAACCAUUCCAGUCCGAGAAGACCCCUUGUGUUACUUCCUUCGACACAAUGACAAGAGAGUGACAGAAGGGGAACUCGUUUGUGCGGAAACGCCGAAGAACCUGAAGAACUUGAACUCGACAAAACAAAGUGGCUUGGGUGGAAAGGAAAGAAAAUCAAUGCUUGAACAGAGAUGGAGCAAUCUGAAUCAUCACAUUACCCAGAAAAGCAUGCAGAAGAUUCCUCCCACAACAGAACAUCAGAAAUUAGAACAGAGCUAAAUAGUGCCACACCUGAGGACACAAAUGCAUUAGAAAGGACCACUACAAUAGAACAUUAUCAGCUAGACAAAACAGCAGUCAAAAGACCUACCAGUGGGGCUAUUGAACUUAAGAUACCACCACACCUAAGCAUUCAAGAAAAUGGGAAAUCAAGCAUACAGACAUUUAGAUCAAAGGACGUACUGGAGGAACAGGAUGACCACAAGUACAAAGGAGCUGAGGACGGUAGUGCACAAUCAAACAAAUCACCAUGCAGAUACUGCACAAAACCAACAAGUACAAAUAAUGUGAGGAGUGAGACCAAAGAGCUCCCGAGUAACAUCACAUCUAACUUGAUGUCAGAGCCAAAGAAAAUGGAUGACUGGACCAAAAAAGAUGUCUAUCAGUGGAUCAUUAAUGCAAUCAAAAUCCCUCAAAAGUAUGCAGAUAUUCUUUACAAUGAGGAUGUUUCAGGAGCCUCUCUGAUGUUAUUCAAUAAACAAGACUUUCUAGACAUUGGUUUUAAGCACGGACCUGCAGUUGAAAUCCUUAAAAAAGUGGCUCAGUUCAAAGCAUCCUCAGAAAAUUUAAAAAACAGUGGCAUUCCAGAGGAGACAGGUGUGGGACAAGUAAGGACCUCUACCAUAGAACAUUAUCAGCAAGACAAAACAGCAGUCAAUAGACCUAUCAGUGGAUCUACUGAGCUUGAGGUACCGCUAAGCAUUCAAGAAAAUCGAGAUGGUACACCAAGCAUACAGAGAUGGCCGCAGGCCUCAGAGGACAUUCCGAAACAUAAAGGCAAUGGAGGGGAGUCCUAUUCGGACACUGCCUGCAUUCAAAAGGACAAAUUAAAAUUUGAGGAACACGACCUCAAAGACAAAAAAGAAUGUGGGGCAAGUGAUGUACAACUAAUAUUUCCAGUGACACAUAAAAAUACUCUGUGUGCGCCCCGGCCUUUUGAUGAAAGCAGCCCCUUAUUUGAAUACAAACAAAAUGAAAUACUUUCUCCUGAGACUGGUCCAAGCAAUCUUAUUGACCCUGUGCAUGAGUACAAGCUCCUAGUAGGCACAGAGAAUGUCUCAGAGAAGGAUAUCCUUAAAAAAUUCACAGAUAAAUCAUUCCGGUUUGCUGCAGGUUGCCUGAAUUCUCGAACAAAUGGAACUAUCCAUUUUGGUGUUGGAGAUGAGCCACUGUACUCUCAUGGGCAAAUUAUUGGACUAGAGUUAAGAUCUCCGAAAAACUUUAUAGAUACAUUUGAUAUGUGUCUCAAGGAGCACUUUAAAGGACAUACUAGUACAGCAAGAGCAUGCAUUAGGCCCCCAAAGUUCUUUAAGGUAAAAUGUCCAGACAACAUCAAAGUGGACAGGUGGGUUAUUGAGGUUGAUGUUGUCCCAAAGUAUGAAUUAACCUUGGAAAAACUCUUUUACACUACAAUAGACAAGAAGGGGAGGAAGUCAAAAUGCUUUUUUAUUCGUUUAGGUGCAAACACCACAAAUCAUAUUCCUGAAAAGGAUCCAAGGACUGUUAAGCAGAACAUGAAGACAUUAAAAAAUGAUGUGAAAUUAUGGGCUUUAUCUAGAAAGUUGGCUGAAAAAGGGUAGAGAUCAGGCUCUGGCACAUGAAAAUCCUAGGUGAUCAGCAGUUUGGCACGUUAUAGUGAAAUAGUUCACGUUCUCCGUCCUCCUGUGGGUUACAUGGCUGUAUAUUUGAAGACUUUAUAUAAAGAGUUGAACAAUCCUCUGCCUCCUGUCUUGUUUUUCCCCGGAGACCCAUAAUAGAUGAACAGUCCACCACGUAAACUUAUAUUAUCAUACAGUCCCUCACAGCCUUUGUCCAUCAUCUCCUGAUAAUUGGCUUUCUUUGUUGUAUUAAAGCAUUUUUCAUUUUAAGUUUAGUAGGGGACGUUCACACUGAAUGUGUUUUUGCAUCUCUCUGAGCUGUUUUUCAAUGUAAAGCAGUCUUGCACAGGAACGCCUGUAAAAUUGUGUGUGAGUGGUGGUGGCGUAGUGGGCUAAAGCACAUAACUGUUAAUCAGAAGGUCGCUGGUUCGAUCCCCAUGGCCACCACCAUUGUGUCCUUGAGCAAGGCACUUAACUCCAGGUUGCUCCGGGGGGAUUGUCCCUGUAAAGAAUGCACUGUAAGUUGCUUUGGAUAAAAGCGUCUGCCAAAUGCAUAAAUGUAAAUGUAAAGUGUGUGUGGUAUUUAUAUUGUUUAAUUUCGCCUGAUUAAAAUUUGUAUAGGUUCGUUAAAAAGAAUAAAGACCUUUUUAUAAUGUUACACACUUCUGUGGGAUUAAAAGUUACAUUUUAAAUAAUUGAAAUCCUUUUCUAUUGCAUUUUCUCAUGUCCCAAAAACUGCACAUCAAACAUCUUUUCAUCUCUCUCUCCUCUCUCUCUCUCGCUGCCGCUCUGCAUUGGCCUCUUCCCUCUCAUUUAAAUUUUACAGUGUUUUUUUGGUUGGGUACUACACUGUUACAGGAAGUACCCCCCAUUUUAAUUAUUUCUGUUUCCCUCCCCUUGUCCCCUCCCUCAUCCAGGUAGAUGGGGAUGACCUUAAAGCACGCCCUGCCCCAGGGAU